AUGUGUGACCCUUCUAAAUUCUAUGAUGGAACUUUUGUAACCGGUGGUGGUCAGUGGAAAGAGUGUCCUAAGUGUUGUUCUAGUCUCUCAAGUGAUUUUUACAAAGUGGAUGUUGUGAGUGAUACUUGGCUUUUGGUUCGAGCUCACCGAUUAGAUGUAUGGGGGGAUUAUCUUGAUGAAAUUAUAAGUGACAUGACAUACUUCAUGGAAGAAAGAACAAAGCUCGGACAAGAGAUAGACCAAUUUGGCUCAGACAUCUAUGACUUGCAGGCUCAAAUAAAUAAAAAAGUUGAGGUGUCUGAUGCCCAACCACCAAUUGUUAUGGAUACUGGCCAACUUGUGGAGCAAAUAGAGGAAUUCCAACCAUUCGAUCAGAUCCUUGUUGAUGAUGCCUAUGUUGAGGAAGUGUACAAAAGUGAGAAUGUCAGAAAUAAUGCAGUUUUAGAGUUGGGGCGUCAUGUCUAUGCUAGAAAAAUUGGAAGAUAUGCAGCUAUUAUCCAGCUCUUUGAUUCUGCAGAUCCUGUAUAUGGUAAAGAUGGUUGUAGAUGGCUAAAUAUGCCACUUCAUGUGGAAAAUGGACUAGAUAAAAACAAUUUUGAGAAAGGAAGGGUUCCAACAGUGAACAUGACAAUGGAGAUUAGUGGGCCUGGUCAACCCUUUCAAAGUAAAAAGGAUGAGAAUAAUGUGUCUCUUGGGAAACCUAAACAAGAGAAGGUGCUGCCAACCGGUGAUGUUAGCACAUGCUUUUCAAAUCUCAACAAGCAGUCUAUAGCUUCUCUAUUUUGCGGACCAGACCAAGGGGUUAAAGAUAUGCACGACACGACCAAUCAGCUAUCACUAGAUUUCUCUUUGAGUAAUCCUAGGCUAAGGACGCGCCACAUGUUGCCCAAGGCCCCCAAACCUAGUCCCAAUUUGGGUUCUGAGUCAAACAAAGGAUUGCCAUCACAGACACGGAUUGCAAGGCCUCCUGCAGAAGGGCGAGGAGACCGCAAUCAAUUACUGCCUAGGUACUGGCCUAGGAUUACAGAUCAAGAAUUGCGGCAAUUAUCUGGAGACUUGAAGUCCACUAUAGUACCACUGUUCGAGAAGGUCCUAAGUGCAAGCGAUGCUGGUCGAAUUGGCCGUCUGGUCCUCCCCAAAGCAUGUGCUGAAGCAUACUUUCCUCCUAUCAACCAAUCAGACGGUGUACCAAUAAGGAUUCAGGAUAUGAAGGGCAAAGAGUGGACAUUUCAGUUCAGAUUUUGGCCAAAUAACAACAGUCGGAUGUAUGUUCUGGAGGGUGUCACCCCUUGCAUUCAAAACAUGCAAUUGCAAUCUGGUGAUACUAUGACAUUCAGUCGAAUUGAUCCUGGAGGAAAGCUUGUUAUGUGCUUUCGGAAGGAAACAAACAAUGUUGAUACACAGGAUCCUCAGUCCUCACACCUUCCCGAUGGUAGGGGCUUGGGGGACACUUCAUUUAAUGGCACAACUGAAAACCUUACUAAUGGAGGCAGGAUCAGUGAUGAUUUUGUGCACCGACAAGUGCCGGUUUCUGAGAAGAAAAAGUCUGGAAACAUCGGGUCCAGACAUAAGAGGCUUCUCAUGCAUGCUGAUGAUGCAAUGGAGCUUAGGAUCACGUUGGAAGAAUCACAAGAAUUGCUCCGUGCAACUCCAACUGCCCAGCUGGACAUUGUUGUCAUUGAGGACUGUGAACUUGAGGCGUAUGAGGAACCACCGGUGUUUGGAAAGCAGACAAUAUUUACUGCUCGACCUUGUGGGGGCCAGGAACAAUGGGCUCAAUGUGACAGCUGCUCCAAAUGGCGUAGAUUGCCUGUGCAUGUUCUCCUUCCUCCUAAGUGGAGUUGUUGGGACAACAUGUGGGACUCAAAUAGAUGUUCUUGUUCUGCUCCUGAUGAUAUUAAUGCAAACGAACUGGAAGCUUUCUUUAGAGUCAGUAAGGAUCACCAGAGACAAAAAAUUGCAGAAAAAAAUGAAGAUUGUGAACCUUGUGGAUUAGAUGCCUUAGCAACAGUUACUGUUUUAGGAGACAACAUUGGUGAGGCUUCAGUUGGAGCCACCACAAAACAUCCCCGGCAUCGUCCUGGUUGCACUUGUAUUGUUUGCAUUCAACCUCCAAGUGGAAAGGGUAAGCACCCUCCCAUGUGUACGUGCAACGUCUGUUUGACUGUCAAGCGCCGAUUUAAAACCCUCAUGCUGCGUAAGAAGAAAAAACAAGAGGCGGAACUUGCACAGGCAAAGGAUCACGUUCCGCCUAAAGAUGGAUUAGCAGCUGAUGGAGCUGAAUUGAUGCAAACUAGUCAUUCUGAAAAUGAAAAAAAUUCGAACGGGGAUCAGAUGGAGGAAGUUGGAGCUGGGAAGGGAAAGUUGGACCUUAACUGUCACCCUAACGAGGACGAAGACAUGCUAGCUGAGGCAGCAGCUGGUACAACUACUGCUGAGAGUGAAGGACAGCAUCCUGAUACUGCUGAUGCUCAAUUACAGGAGAAUAAAGGUGGCAAUGGGUAA